AUGACUGCGACAACCGCCGACUUGGGAGCUUACAUCUCCCGCAUCCAUAACCACGGCGGCGGCGACGACGACACCACCACCACCAUCUUCGGCACCUCCCCCGCGCACCGCCGCCCGCAACUCCGCCGCCACCGCCCCAACCGCGUCCUCCUCUACCCGGGGUGCUUCAACCCGCCGCACGUGGCGCACAGCGCGCUGCUGCGGCGGGCCUUUGAGAGCACGCCCGACCUGGGCGUGGUGGCGGCGGUCGUGCUGCCGCUGGACGACGACCGGCUGGAGGAGAAGCGCCAGGAUCGGCGGGCGCGGAAGCAGCAGCAGCAGCAGCAGCGGGAGCGGGUGCGGGCGCGGCGGGCAAAGGUGAAGAAGGCUAGCGGCGGUGAGGUGGGUGAGGCGGGUGAGACGGGUGAGGGUGAGGGGGAGGGGGCCGACGAGGCCGAGAUGGAUGGGCUCCUCCUGACGCGGGAGCAGCGGGUGGCGCUCUGGAGGGGCUGGGGGGGGUGGUGCGAGGAGGAGUGGCAUGAGUUCCGGGAGCGGCUGGUCGACGCCGUGCGGCGGGACGGGUUCGAGCUGGAGUUUGUCUGCCUGGUCGGGGCGGACUACGUGGGGCGGCGCGGGGUGCCAUGGGGGUCCUGGGAUUGUGAGAAGUUGGUGGUUGGGGACGCCGGCAGGGCGGUGGACUUCGUGGCGACGGACGGUGAUGGUCGGAGCCGGUUGUUGUCCCUGGCGUGGUGCGAGAAGUGGGAACCCGUGGAGGAAGACGAGGAGGCGGCGCAUCAGCGGGUCAUGGAUGACAUUGCCUGGCUUGUUGGUGUGUCGAGCUUUUAUGACUGCGGCUAUAUUCGCCGGCAGCUCGACAGAGACCCUCGGUUUUAUGAGAACCUGGCCCAGGACGGCCUAAGGACAUUCACUGAAAGUACAAGAAAACAGUGGAUGUGCCGUCGAAAACGCAGCCAGGGACAGUGGCUUCGAUAUGUCCCAUGCCCCGAUGACGAGCGGACGAUACAUACCGGCGGAUCGACCAAGAUUCGGGAUAGUAUCGCAAGUUGCCCCACGGGGCAGCUACUCAAAAAGCUCGAAGGGACAGUCCUGAACGCCGAGAUGUUGGUGGAGUUUGUCAUGGAUGCAAGGUCGCCAGAAAUGCACCAUACCUACCGCAUCUUUGGACUCCCUUAG